AUUUUGUCUCACUGAAGUUUAAAAAUGUUUCUGACUGUUUCAAGCUUUUAUGUGGAGGUUUAUUGUGUUAUUAUGAUGAAUAUAAUAUUAUUUUAAUUGAAAGAAAGUAGAGAGUUAUUGACUGUCUGCUUAUUUUUGUUAACAUAAAACAUGACUUUGGAUCUACAAAAAAUGUGGUGGUGGAUUUUUGUCAGCCUUAACUUCAUCUCCAAGCUGCAUGGGUAUUCACAUGGCAACUUCCCAGAGGCGUGUGACUCAAUGAGACCUCUGCAUGGUCCUGGUGGUACCGGGACUCCUCCUCAGACGUCAGAACCCCCUUUUAUGGUUAGCAACCGGCUUGGCAGUAAUGUUGGAGACCCAAUUACAGUUUCCCUCCAGAGCAAGCACUCCGUCCCAUUUAUUGGAUUUAUGUUGGAAGCUCGUGAACUGAGUUUAAAUGGUGAAGGUCCCCCACUUGGAAAAUUUAUCAUUACUAACUCUGGCGAAUCUCGACUCCUGAGAUGUGGCAAUUCAGAGGGUUCAGCUGUGAGUAACACUGACAAUAGGGAAAAGAGGUUGAUCAAUGUAAACUGGACUGCAGAGGGAGACGAACGUGAUAUCAUCUUCAGGGCCACUUUCUGUCAAAUGUAUAGAAAGUGCUGGGAACGUGUUAAUGUAAUAGUCCUCAGACCCAUGAGCACUCCAAAACCAGAGGCAACAACUGCAGCAGCAACAACAACUACAACCCAAAUGACUACAACAAUGCAAGUUUAUACAACACAAGCUUCAACUAAUGCAGAAAAUGACACUAAUGUAGCAGUAACAACAACUACAACCCAAAUGACUACAACAAUGCAAGUUUAUACAACACAACCUUCAACUAAUGCAGAAAAUGACACUAAUGUAGCAGUAACAACAACUACAACCCAAAUGACUACAACAAUGCAAGUUUAUACAACACAAGCUUCAACUAAUGCAGAAAAUGACACUAAGAUAGGGGACAUUGUAAUGAUGUGCUUGAACAGUGUUUUUGUGGAUAUGAAAAUGCAAAUAUCCAACAUAAUUAUGGCUGUACAUCCCAGAAGAUCCUCCAAUCAUUACUUACUGAAGAGUUUCAGGAUUGUGGGCAGCUCAUUCUGUAUUUUGUCUUCUUUGUCGUCAUUAAUCUUACUUUGUCUUUGCAACCCCCUCAAUGGUAUUUACAUUGGUCUUGUAACCACAGUGCUGCUGAUUGGUUUCAUAGAGUGGGUCAUUGCUGUGCUGCCGUUUGGACCCAGCCAUGAACUAAAUGAACACUGUGAACUUGCUCUUCGGGUGUGUUUUCCCUUCCACCACCUUUUCACAAAUGCUUUUCUCCAUGUUAAAAUCAAGGGCUUGAUUGAUGAAUGGGUAGAAACCAGGAGAGAGUUGUGGUUUGUACUGAUUGCUCAAACAGUGCUGAUUGGCCUGACUAUAGUCUGGGAUAUUUUGCUCUGUAACAACAAGAGAGCCUUACUGCAGAUCGUAAAAGAUAAGUCCAAACAUCAUCAGGGUCAUCAAAUAAUUACGGACCGUUGCUCUGCAGUCACAGUGACUGUUACAGUCAUCUCAGAAAUCCUCGUGGUUGGAAUCACAUCUCUGUCUGUAGCUAUCAUUGUUGGACUAUUUCUGAUGCAGAAGAAUUAGCGAAUGGUACAGUGCCAGUGAGAUUUAUUUACAGCCCUAGUAAAGAAGUCUAAAGAAAACCUCAAAUAAAUUCAUCAUUGAGAGCAGUGUAAUAAUCUUAUACUGAAAAUGUAGCUGCAGUUCUCUAACAGUGAUUUCUUUUUAACUUCCCUUACCAUCCUGCUUAUUGUAAGUGGUGGCAGGAUAAUGUUGACUCCUUGUGCAGCCUUCUUUGGACUGUUCAGAUUCAGUCAGUCAGUAAUUUUCUACCGCUUAUUCCAUAGUGGGUCACAGGGGAGCUGGUGCCUAUCUCCAGCAGUCUAUGGGUGAGAGGCAGGGUACACCCUGGACAGGUCGCCAGUCCAUCACAG